UCUGGAGAUUCAGCAGGGCAGCUAAAUUCUGUCUUGUCAUUUUCAUUCUACUCAAAUCUCAGAAUUAUACGCGAUCAGGAAACUUUUGAUUUUACUUUGAUUUUGUGAAAAAUUUGUUUUCAUCAAUUUCAUCUGAAUCAUAUGGUCAUCAUAAAUUUUCCACUCGUCUCCCUCCAUACAAAUUCGCCCUGGUGAGAGUACGACUGAUAAGGUGUUUGUUAUUUACCUUACGUAACAAACACACAUUUAAACCUUACUCGACCCAAUCUGGUGGAUCCUGGGGAAAAGAAAUUGAAGACAAUAUCAUGAGUUUGACAUCCGCGACAUUGAAGGAAAGUGAUUUCCCGUCGAUUCAUCUCUGUCCAAAGAAUGAGACUGGAGUUUUAAACUUUUUGUCGAAAAAUCCCGACUCAGAUGGGAGAGGAAUUACGAUUGCCGUAUUUGAUUCUGGCGUUGACCCAGGGGCGCCGGGGUUAAAGGUGACUUCAACCGGACUUCCCAAAAUUAUUGAAAGGUUUGACUGCAGUGGGGCUGGUGAUGUCGACACGUCCACGGUCGUUACUCGGUCGGAUCAAGAUGGAAUCAUUACUGGAAUGUCAGGUCGCAAAUUGAAGAUACCGUCAAGCUGGGUCAACCCCACUGGAAAGUAUCACAUUGGAAUAAAACCCCUGUUCGAACUUUAUACCCCCAAAGUGAAGGAGAGAAUUGAGGCCAAACGAAGGGAUGAAAAUUGGGACCAACAACAUCGACUACUUACUGCUGAAGCAAAUCGGAAGCUAACAAAGGAUCAAAAUGCGAACAAAAAUGCUGACAAUAUUACACCGCUUGAAAAAUUGGAAAAGGAAGAAAUUGAAGCACAACUGGAGGUCUUGCAAACGUUAGAAAAGAAGUAUAAAGAUUUUGGACCACUGUUGGACUGUCUCGUGUGGCAUGACGGAACUGAAUGGAGGACAAGUUUAAGUAUAGAGGACUUGGAAUCUAGCAUUGUUUUAGGAGAGUUUACAAAAAGACAGGAAUUUGCACCAUUGUCGAAAGCCGACCAGAUGAAUGUCUCAGUUAACAUUCAUGACAAUGGAAAUAUUCUAGAAAUUGUUGGCAUUUGUGGAAGCCACGGUACUCACGUGUCAUCAAUUGCUUCUGGAUAUUUCCCUGAGAAUCCGAAUCUGAACGGGGUUGCACCUGGAGCACAAAUUAUGUCCUUUACGAUUGGAGAUGGGAGGCUCGGUAGUAUGGAAACGGGUACAGCUUUAGUACGAGCGAUGGCAUACGUUAUGCAGAAUUCGCAUCGUAUCCACGUAAUCAACAUGUCUUAUGGAGAACACGCCCACUGGAAUACUGUGGGACGAAUUGGCGAGCUAAUGAAAGAAGUUGUAGAUAAACAUGGAGUUGUGUGGGUCGCGUCUGCAGGAAAUCACGGUCCGGCCUUAAGCACUGUCGGCAGUCCGCCCUGGCUCAACUCGAAUGUGAUAAUUGGUGUCGGCGCAUACGUAUCGCCCGAUAUGAUGAGUGCAGAAUAUUCGCUUCGACAAAAGUUGCCAGGAAUGCCAUACUCUUGGAGCUCAAGAGGCCCAACUUUGGACGGUGAUUUAGGCGUAUCUGUCUGUGCUCCAGGCGGGGCCAUUACCAGUGUCCCUAAUUUCACUCUGCGUAGCGCUCAGCUCAUGAAUGGGACCAGCAUGGCCGCCCCUCAUGUGAGUGGAUGUGUUGCCUUGAUUCUAUCUGGAGCCGUCCAAAAAGGGAUAAAGUGGUCUCCUUACAGUGUCAGGAAGUCUCUCGAACAUAGCGCGGCACAAGUCCCAAGUGCUGAGCCAUUUGCUCAAGGACAUGGUUUGGUCCAGGUUGAGAAAGCUUUCCAAGUUUUAGAAGAGUUAUCAUCACUACCAGAGCGAGAUGUGAGGUUCAAUAUUACUGUGACUGCCACGCAAGGCUGUGGAUCGAUUUGGCCUUUCAAGUCAAUUUACAUUCGUGACCCCCCUGUUGACAAAUCUAAGGAAUAUACUGUUAAUGUUGACCCAGUCUUUUUCAAAGAAGAUUUAAUUGAGCCCGAAGACAAGAUAAAUUUUAGAAUGAAUCUCUGUCUCGUUAGCACCGCUCCAUUUGUCCACGUCCCCAACUAUUUUGAUCUGGCAAAUCUGCAAAGGCCUUUCAACGUAAAAGUGGACGUUGAGGGUCUCGCGAAGGGAGUUCAUUUCGCAGAAAUUCAGGCUUACGAUUCAAGCGGGUUGCAAAGGGGACCCGUGUUCAGGGUAUACGUGACCGUGGUCAUUCCUGAACAACUGACGCCCAGUCCACUGUCUCGGCCUGUAUUUACUAUUCCGCCUGUUAUGUAUGAGCCUGGUCUGCUUAAGCGUUAUUUCGUGGUGGUUCCGAAAGGUGCUUCAUGGGCAGUUCUCAACCUGAAGCUGGCAGAGGCACCCGGGAUGCGAGCCUCAGAUCCGAUAGCUGCAAAUGCAACUGCCCGUUUUGUCAUUCAUGUUAUGACUCUAAAUCCAGGACAGUCUUGUAAAGCCGAUGAGCACUAUAAAAUGAUAUCACUGAAUCCUUUGGAAGAAUCUACAAUUCCAUUUAGAGUGACGGAGGGCAAAGUGAUUGAAGUUGUCGUUGGUCGCUGGUGGGCUGAACCGGUAGAAAUGGCCUCACUUUUUGGAACUCUGACCUUUAGAAGCUUGUCUUUGAACAAGGGAGAAAUCGUCGUGUCGGCUGGAGAUUUGUACCAGAAAUUUGCCGUUACCAAUGCUUUCGGCGCUGAAGACGUCCAAUGUGCUGCCGCCCUUAAGCAGCAAGUAGUCCUUUUGCGCCCAAGUGAUUCCCGGAUUGUUUCUUUACCAGAGCCAAGAGACAUGAUUCCCCAAGGACGAGUAAUUUAUCAACUAGAAAAUACGUAUAAUUUCUCAUUGUCUAAAGCUGCAGAAGCGACAUUUAAUUGUUGCUUGCUCAGUGACACUUUGUACGAAAGCGAGUAUGAAAGUCAAAUGUGGCAGCUCUAUGAUAAGAAUAAGCGCUAUUUGGGGUGUGGAGAUGCCUAUCCUUCCAAGUGGAACGUAAAAUUGGAAAAAGGAGACUUUGUCCUUCGUCUUCACGUUCGUCAUGAGAAACGGGAAGCCUUGGAAAAACUAAUGGUUGGAAAUUCUGGGGCCAAUGGAGCCACAAACACGGCCACGUGGACAGGCGACAGCCAAAUUACUUCCCUUCCUGUCCUCAUGUCUCUUAAACUUGCUUCUUCCAUAGCGCUAGAAGUUUAUCAAAAUCAAUUUGAGCUGCAAGAUUUUAAACCGAGUAAAAAAGGCACCGGGUGGUCCGCAGUUUUGAAGAGGGAGAGUUCUCUAAAUCUAUUCUUAUCAACGAUUAUUACUGAUAAGAAUCUGAAAACACUGCCUUCCAGUUCAACACUUUAUCUUCAGGGAACUCUGAGCGUUCACAAGGACGAGGUGGGCAAGAAGCUGUGGACUUACCCUCUAAAGGUGUCACUUCCGGAUGCCCCUGCAAAAGUAAAAUCACCAUCCAGCAAAGACCCUGCCAAAUCUAAACUGGACGAAAUGACUGAACAAUUACGAGAUGUACAAAUUACUUGGAUUACAAAAUUAGAAAAUGAAGAUUCCAAGAAAUUAUAUGACAAGUUAAUGGCAUCCUGUGACUCUCAUUUGCCAUUGCAUCUUGCAAGGUUGCAGUUUUUGGAUAAUGGAGGAACCCCCUCAUCCAACGGGGACGGCAGUACGGCAGGAGCCAAAAGUGACAUUAGCGUUUCCUCGAGCCCGAAAUCAGAUUCAGACACACCCAACGCAAAUUAUUCUACUUCCGGGAAACGACUCAAAACUCUAGAAAUUUGCAAGGAGAUGAUUGAGAUAGCCGACAAAGUGUUGAAAUUAGUUGAUCAACCGGCAUUAUUGGCUUUUAUUGGCAAUCGAUCGUCUGCACAGCAAGAAAAUGGGAAAACUAAACAAAUGAUGGAUAAACAGCGGACUGCUGUGAUUGAAGCUCUCGUGAAAAAAGGUGUGGCCAUCGCGGAACUGUUGAAAAAUAGUAACAGUGGCACCAUCACCUCUUCGACUCCGUUGGACAAGUCAGUUACGAUUGAAACGCUGGAUGAGAUUCUUUUUGAAAUUCAAAAGUAUUUGGACAUAACUGAUGCUCGGGUUGUGGAAUUUGCUUACUUCCACGCCAUGGCCAGAAAACAAUACUGCCGAGCGUUGCGUCUUUUGUUGAAGCACAUCGAAUCUGAACCAGGCAAAUGGAACGCAGAAAUAGAUCAAAAAAUCAUAGACGCUUUCAAAGCCUUGCAAUGGAAUCACUGCUUGUGGUUGUGGGAAGGCGUCCAUCUUCUCCGCUACCCAACUGAUUAUCGUCCAUUUUAAUGAUGAUCAUUGAUUAUAAAUCAUUUUUAUCUUGUGGUAAACAACAAAGUUAAAUUGUUCAUUGUUAUUAUGCUAUGCACACUUGUGUGAACGUGUCGUUUGUAAAUUAAAAAAAAACUCCCCGUGGUGAAACCAAAUUGAAUAAAAGCUGUUUUCUAUUAUCUGUA